AUGUUGUGGUACAAGCCAAAAAACAUGAAACGGCAGGAAAAACAGAUCCGUGUCAUUACAAUCGCACUCCUUAUUGUCGAGUCCGCGAUACUUCUCGGGGGUGGCACCACGGUAAUCAUUACCGAAAAUAAGUGCGACCACGUCGUCAGCACUGCACCAGCUCUCAUCGCUCCGCAUGCAAUUCUCCACGUUAUCGAGAUCUUCGGAGCUGCUCGACUUCUGAAAAAGAUUAGCAUUCAACCGCUGCAAGACUGGAAGCGUCGUUUGCUUCCAGUCAACAUUGUCCGAAUCCCCGUACUUCUCGUUCAAUGUGCCGUAAUCGCAACGCAACUCACCCAACCGUUGUGGAUUCAAAUUGCCGGUGCAACUGCCGUCGCAACAUUCCAUUGCGCAGUCAUUAUAGGUAAAUAUUGGCAAAUAUUAACCCAUAUAAUAGGUUUUUUUUUCAGCGGAAAGACUACUAAACAAGUAUCUCGUUAAACCGUUGAUCAGAGGGAUGACUGCGGAAGCAGCGAAUCGUGUGUUCACUAUUCGAACCGUUGGAAUGGAAUGA